AUACAGCUAAGCUGCAUCAGAAUUUAUAAAAUUGAGAUAGCUUCCUACUCGCUCUUCCCAACUCCAUACAGCUAAGCUGCACUUCUAUUCUCAACUUUUAAUCCACCAUCCUCUUAAUUUCUUCUUGUAAUUAUUGAUUUAAGGGUGAUUACUUCCAACCCCAUACAGCUAAGAUCUCUUCCAUGGAAACGGCGAACACUUUGUGAGCAGUAGGGUCCGAAACUGUGCUUUGACCGGUUUAUACGGCAUUGGGCACAUCCCGGUUUCCACAUGCAUCGAACCGGCCGGUCCGGUUUUUAAAACAUAGCCUUCUUCCUGGGCUUCUCAAGAUUCUUCUCCCCAGUUCCACCACUCCUCCUAGCUACAGGUAUUUCACUUCUCUUCUCAGAAUUUUAUCUCCUUCAAUAUCUCUACCUUCCAUUCAUGUUCUGCUUUUGUUAAUCGAGUGGGCAUGGUUUAUUUUCGCCACUCCUCCUAGCUACAGGAACCCAAAAGCAGAUCCAAUAGCUAGCUGAUGCGCCGAUAGUUGAACCUCCCAGGGCCAGUCAUGACAGAUUCCAAGCACCCCCGCCUCGUCCUCCCCAACUUUUUAUCUCUUGAUCUCUGCAAGGAAUUGCAGUUUAUUCAUAAGAGCUGUUGCGCAGUUGGGUACAGAGCAAAUGUCUUCUCAACAACCCUCUCUCAUCUGAUUGCUACUAACUGCGCUCAUUUGAUCAUGCCCAUUAUUCCUAUAAGAGAGAGGCUGAUGGAUGAAGUGGAAGCAUAUUUUGGGUGCAACCUUGAACUGUAUGUUGAAUUCACUGGACUCUUAAGUUGGUGUAAAGGAGCUAGCAUUGGUUGGCACAGUGACAACAACAAACCUUAUCUUAAACAACGGGACUUUUCGGCAAUUUGUUAUUUGAAUAGUUACGAUGUGGACUUCAAAGGAGGGGUAUUUCAUUUUAAGGAAGGGGAGCCUGCUAACAUCUUGCCUAUGGCUGGUGAUGCCAUUUUGUACACAGCCGAUGACCGAAAUAUCCACUGUGUUGAUGAGGUAAUAGAUGGCGAGCGCAUAACACUCACUCUAUGGUUUAGCCGUGAUGCAUCUCAUGAUGAAGAUUCCAAACUCAUCUCACUUCUCUCAGAAAUUUCGGUGCACAAUUUUAAUGACAAAUGUGAUUCAAUUUUACCAAUUCCAGCGCCCAUUAAUAUGCAUUGGUUCCCUCCAGAAGAAGACAUAGAGUACUCUUCAUCGGGAUUUGAUAUACGGUGUGGAAGGUUGCAUGUUAUGGGGUUUGAGCUUUACUCAUCUCUGGGCGUAUGCUUAUGCUCUCCAUCAGAAGAUUCCUCCAGAAGUUUGUUAAAAUUACUCCAAGAACCUCUCCAACUGGCACGAAUGGACGAGUUGUCUUCUAUCAAAUUUGCAAAUGUAUCGCAUGCCCUUCAGGUGGUGCUAUUUUAUUUUUGGAAGUUCUUGGAUUUGAGGAUUGAACAGAAAAUGACACCUGCCAAGGUGACCCUGAUAUAUGAAAUGCAAAGAGCACACAUAAAUGAUUUGAAACACAUUUAUGUGAGGGAUGCCCAAGUGGCAAAGACACUGUUUGGGCUCCAAUCAGCUCUCAAGGACAUUCAAAAUGAAUUUGAUUGGGCUAGCUUUUCUUCUGCAGUUUCUGAAUGGGAAGACUAUACUUGCAAGUUGCACAACGAACUUCUUUUGAGCUUAUCGCAGUGGAGGUCUCAUCAAUUUAUUUUCUAUUCUCCACAUGCAAAACUUGAAUAGCAAUGAAUUGUAUAUACAUGUUUGGUCCUUAGCAUGUCAACACACUUCUAUUCAAGUUUUGCAUGUGAAGAACAAAAAUAAAUUGAUGAGACCUCUGCUGUGAUAAGCUCAAAAGAAAUUCGUUGUGCAAACCUGCAAGUAUAGUCUUCCCAUUUAGUAUCCGCAGAAGAAAAGCUAGCCCAAUCAUUUUGGAUGUCCUUCUGCAGUUACUGAAUGGGAAGGUUAUACUUGCAUGUUGCACAACGAACUUCUUUUGAACUUAUCACAGUGAAGGUCUCACCAAUUUAUUUUUUGUUAUCCACAUGCAAAACUCGAAUAACAUUGUAUUGUCAUGCUAAGGACCAAACAUGUAUAUACAAUCCGUUGCAUUUCAAGUUUUGCAGUGUAGAACAAAAAACAAAUUGAUGAGACCUCCACCGUGAUAAGCUCAAAAGAAGUUCGUUGUGCAACAUGCAAGUAUAGUCUUCCCAUUUAGAAACUGCAGAAGAGAAACUAACCCAAUCACCUCUCAAGGACAUCCAAAAUAAAUUUGAUUGGGCUAACUUCUCUUCUACGGUUUCCGUUUCUGAAUGGAAAGAUUAUACUUGCAGAUUGCACAACGAACUUCUUUGGAGCUUAUCAUAGUGGAGGCCUUAUCGAUUUAUUUUUUGUUCUCCAUAUGCAAAACUUGAAUAGCAUUGAAUUGUAUAAUCAUGUUUGGUCCUUAGGAUGACAAUACAAUUUUAUGUACAAUGUUGGGUGAGAUUGUCUUAAUUAGAAGUAAUAUGUUUACGUUUUCCAUAAAUAGAACCAUAUAUUCAAGUAUUUCUUUUUAGGAGUGAAUAGCUAUGAACAUAUCCAUCUCCUUGAUUUAAGGAAAAAUGGUUAAAUCAGCCCACAUAUUAUUUUGAAAAAGUCAAUGGAGUCCAUGUAGUAUUUU